CGUAGGUCAGUUACCGCCCGACCGCAGGGAAGCAUGGCUGCGUCAAAACUUUUUCCGCGAUCGCGCAGUUUCUGUUUACAUGCGCUGUAAAACGUAAUUUACAAAUACAAACAAACAUUGUGAAACUGACUGUUAAGUGAAUGAAACUUUUACAAAGGAUAUUACAAGUGAUUUUAUGUGACAAAUGAACUGUGUUUAUGUGGAAAAAUGAUCAAGAACUUAUAUGGAAUGAUUUCGUUCAAAGUUUGGAUGUGUUUGGUUGCGGUGGCCGGUGCGCGCGCAGCACCCGCGCCGCCCGCCCCUGCCGGCUGUCAGUGGGACUAUUCCGACGCAAAGUUGAGUGAAUCUAACUUUCUCACGUGUAACAUCAAAACCAUCGGCUCGGCGGACUUCUUAUUCAAAAACAUCACCACGGCGCAGGCGUACAACAUCAACAAGUUGAAGUUGACGUGCACCGAUUUACUUUUCUUUGAAAGUUCCUUGCACAUGAACACCGGCAAUUUUUUAGGCCAGUUGCGAAAACUUGAAGACUUGCGCAUUGAGUUCUGCAAAAUACGUUACGUUCCAGCGACUGUUCUCUCUCCUCUGCGUGAUUUGACUAGUUUGACUCUACGCUCAUACAACACUGAUUGGCCUGCCAUGACAAUGGAGUUUCACGCUGAGAGCUUUCGUGGAUUAAUGGAACUUCGGUCGCUGGAUUUAGGUGACAAUAAUAUUUAUAUGUUACCAUCUGAAGUAUUUUGCCCAUUAUUCAGCUUAGAGUCUUUGAAUUUGACUAAUAAUAGAAUGCAAGACAUAUCUGACAUUGGAUUCUCCGACUGGGGCAAAGGGCCUAUUGCUCCAGGUAAAUCAUGCAAUACUGGAUUGAAGAUGCUUGACUUGUCGCAUAACAACGUCUUGAGGCUUCCAGAUAACGGCCUUUCCAGCCUUCGAUCACUUGAAGUGUUGAAAAUUCAGAACAAUUUAAUUAACGAAAUAGGCGACAGAGCCUUUGUGGGAUUGAAUUCAUUAAAAGUUUUGAAUUUAUCAGGAAAUAAAUUAGUAGCUGUUCCCCCGGAGCUAUUCCAAUCUUCACGCGUUAUCAAAGAAAUCUCAUUAGCGAAUAAUUCGCUAUCUGUGUUGGCUCCUGGAUUGUUGGAAGGACUAGAUCAGUUAGAGAAGCUUGAUUUAUCAAGAAAUCGGCUAACUAAUGACUGGGUCAAUCGUGAUACCUUCUCUGGACUAAUUCGUUUGAUUAUUUUGAACUUAUCCUACAAUAACCUUGUGCGCUUGGACCCCAAAUCAUUUCAAGACCUUAAUAACCUACAAGUAUUGAACCUAGACAAUAACGCAAUUGAAGUUAUAAGUAAUGGCGCCUUUGCAGAGCUGAAAAAUCUUCACCAGCUUUCAAUAUCAGAUAAUAAAAUCAAAAUAUUGAAUGAGCACGUAUUCUCAAAUUUAUUCGUACUCAGCCAAUUAUAUUUAGACAAUAAUGAUAUUUCUUCAAUCCAUGAGCGUUCCUUUGAAAAUAUUACGUAUUUACAAGAUUUGGGACUUAAUGGAAAUAGCUUAAAUGGAAUUCCAAAUGGCAUAAAGAGGCUCAGAUUUUUAAAAUCACUUGAUAUUGGAAAGAAUAAUAUAACGAAAGUUAGUAACACUUCAUUCGAAGGACUCGAAGAGCUUUAUGGUCUUCGUCUGGUAGACAACCAUAUAACCAGCAUACCUAAAGAUACCUUCAGUACUUUACCAUCUUUACAAGUACUUAACUUGGCUUGCAACAAGAUUGAAACGAUUGAGCAAGAUGCCUUCCUAUCAAAUCCGACAUUAAAAGCUAUUCGUCUAGAUGGAAAUAAACUAACUGACAUUCGAGGUGUGUUUACUAAAUUGAAUACUUUAGGCUGGCUCAACAUAUCUGAUAAUAAACUUAUAUACUUUGACUACAGUUAUAUGCCAGAUAGCCUUGAAUGGUUAGAUAUUCAUUUAAAUAACAUAACAAAAUUGGAUAACGAGCAGAACGUGCAACAAAACAUUCGAAUGCUUGAUGUUAGCUAUAACGCUUUAGAAAACGUCGAUGAAAGGUCUAUACCGGAUUCUAUUGAGGUCCUUUUCUUGAAUAACAACAAAAUUGACACUAUUCAUCCAGGUACAUUUAUACAGAAAAAGAAUUUAGAAAAAGUCGUCGUAACAGACAAUAAACUAAGGACCGUUGAGCUAUCGGCGUUUACUUUACCUCACAUUCCGAAACAUAAAUUGCUGCCAAGGUUUUUUAUUGGCAACAAUCCAUUUGUAUGCAAUUGCCACAUGAUAUGGCUGCAGAAAAUAAAUCUUUGGAAUCAUAUGAGACAAUAUCCGAGAUUCGCAGACUUGGACUCGAUUACUUGCGAAGUAGUUAGCAACAAGUACGGCGGAAAGGCAAAUUUAAUGGAUGUUCCUGAAACACAGUUCCUUUGUUCUUAUGAAACUCAUUGUUCUUCAAGUUGUUUCUGUUGUGACUUCGAAGCUUGCGAUUGCAAAAUGACAUGCCCCGAGGGUUGUUCCUGUUUCCACGAUAGUAAUUGGAAUUCGAACGUUAUUGACUGUUCAAAUGUUGGAUAUACUGAAAUACCGGAAAAAAUACCAAUGGAUGCUACUGAAUUAUAUCUUGAUGGAAAUGAUUUUGGUUCACUAGCGAGUCAUCUUUUCAUUGGAAAGAAAAAGCUGCAUAAGUUGUAUUUGAACAAUAGCAAUAUCGCAACAAUUGAUAACGACACCUUAAACGGACUCCACUCUCUCAACGUACUUCAUCUUGAAAAUAAUCACUUGACUGAACUAGCUGGUGGUGAAUUUUCUCAAACAAAGCAUUUGCGCGAGUUAUAUUUAAAUGAUAACCUCUUGACAAGUGUAGCGAACAAAACUUUUGAAAACUUAUCUUCACUUCGUGUAGCGAACAUACAAGGCAACAAAAUAUUAGAUCUUGACAAAAAGUUAGCUCAUAUCGCGCAUCUUGAAAAUGUGAACGUGCGGGGUAAUAUAUUCACUUGCUCUUGCGACAAUAUAAUUUCGCUACAAAAUUGGUUCAAAAAACACUAUGAAGAUCCUGCAGAAAUGUUUUGUGCAUCCGAAAACGGUUUAACUUUAAAUUUAACAGUGUUCGAUGUGAUGGACAAGUGUCGUGACUCUGGUGUAAUAGACAAUACCAUAUCUAGUGAAAACCAACCUUAUCAGUACGAUGAAGUGAGCACUAUUCGGUUAAACUUUGUACCCCUUCUAGCAGUAGUAUUAAUCAGUGUAAUCCUUAUUUUACUGUUUGGUGCAUUAGCAUUCUCUUUUAGGCAAAACGUGCGUUUAUGGGCGCAUUCCAAAUAUGGAGUGAGGUUGUUUAAGAGCGCUUCUAUUCAAGAAAGCGAACUUGAUAGGGAUAGAUUAUACGAUGGUUAUGCUGUAUACAGUUUGCUCGACGAUGAUUUUGUAUCAAAGGUAGUAGCGCCUGAAAUGGAACACUUCGGUUACACGAUGUGUUUCCACUACAGAGACUUACAACACGCUCCGGAUAACUAUUUAUCGGAACAGAUCACAAAUGCUGCUGAAUCAACAAAGCGGAUUAUAAUUUUUAUAUCUUUCAAUUUCUUACAAAACGAAUGGUCCAAAGUUUCGUUCAAAGAAGCAAUAAAGCAUGUCAUCACGGCAAUUCAUCCUUCUAUUCGGCGACAUAGAGUAGUUUUCAUUCUUACUACAGACAUAAGCGCGUUAAAUCUAGAUUUAGACUUCCAGGACUAUUUAAAAACCUGCAACGUGUUGUUAUGGGGAGAAAAGAAGUUCUGGGAAAAAAUUAGAUUUCUAAUGCCGGAUAUUUCAAACUUACAAUGGAAUAAAGAUGCAAUAAAUUACAAUCACGGCAUAUGUCCGAAUGGGAGGCGGCAUCCUUCUCGUUAUACAGCUUCGCCGACUGCGCCGGAGCAUUGGUACAAAUACGACGCGAUUCCGCCACAGACACCGACAACCGCUAACGUUGGUAUUAGUGUCGAAGACGACAGUUCAAUGCUUACUAACACGACAUUGACAAGUCAAAUACAAGAAGGUGACAAUCCGCACCAUAGUUAUAUAUCAAUCGAUACCCAAAACUAUGAACAGCCGUACGGUGGUCGGCCUAGGCCUCCUAAUACGAUGCGUAAACAUCCCGGUCACCAUUCCCCUUCAAUGCUCGACGAGCAAGGUUAUUUACAACCCCGAUCCUCUGUACACGAUUGCUUGCCUCAAACCCAUUCGGGCAUACACAGAUAACAUGUUACAAAACUAAACAAUCGUUAUCUCUUAAAGAUAUUUCUUAAUGGAGCACUACAUUCCAAACCCAUAAGUAGACUAGGCUACGUUUUAAGUUGCCCAUGCCUUAUAGAUACGUGAUAAUUUUACAAUGUUUUGGUUGAUGUCGGCCAAAUAACUAAUUCGUUCCUUAAAAUCUUUGUAGGUGAUAGAUGAUAUAAUUAUAUUAAAAGAGACUGUAUUGUUGAAAAAAAUCGCAUACGUAUCUGAAUUAAUGUAGCCUUAUUGUUCGAUUUUGAUCAUACAAAAGAUAUUGCAUAAUUGUACACUAUCAGAAUUAAAACUAAUAUUAAGGAGAUGUUGUUUUGUUGUGUAAGACUGAUAAAAUAUAAUAAUUAUAGAUUAACAAAUUGCCAGUAUAGGAAGUGAAUGAACUUUAUUGAGUAUUUUGGUAUAGUAUGUUAUAUUAUCUCAUUGUUACCAAAUAUAUUGUACAUAAUUUGUAAUUAGACAUUGUAUAGCCUAAAAUAUGUGUAAUAUCUGUACAGUUUUACUAGUCAUUAAUUAAGAUUGAAAUGUGUUGUUACAUGUAGAUAGCUGCAUAGUCAAUAACAUCAUGAAUUUAGUUAUAGUUGCUAUUAUUAUUCCUUGUAGUGAGAUAAUGUAUUGAUAUAUGAUACAAAUUGCCUAAACUGUAUUGAUAAUGUGAAUUUGUAUAUGUAUCUCGUGUUGUUAUUGGCUACGCAUUGAAAUGUACCUAAUUAUAAUAUAAUAAUCAAAACGUGGACUGUUGGAAGUGCUGAUAAAUUAAAAAUCAAAUAAACUUAUCAAAAUUUA